AUGAGUAAGAUUGAUAUAUUCUUGCUUUCGGAUAGCUUCAUUGAUAAUUGCAAAGUAGCAGGGCAAAUCAUAGGUGGGAGAGACAUAUCCGAUCACGCGCCGAUUUGGAUUAAAGAUAAUAGGAAGGAUUGGGGUCCCAAAGCAUUUAAGUUCAACAAUUCUUGGUUGAAACAUAAAGACUUCAAUAAAUUCGUAGAGGAGGAGUGGUCAAAGAUUCAAGCGAAAGGGAAGGGUAAAAUUUCGGAGGAGGUGGUUAGAAAGAGGGCUAAGGUGGUGGAAUAUUUAAGGGUUAAUCUCAAUAAGAAAGAAGGUUUGCUUCGUUUAAAGUCUAGGAAACUUUGGCUUUCCGAAGGAGACCGCAACUCUCGUGUUUUCCAUAACUCCUUAGGAAGUAGAAAAGGAAGAAACUCGUUGUGUUCUCUUGAUUCCAAGAGGGGUAGAUUGGAGGAGGUUGCUGAAAUUAAAGACUUUAUUUUUGAGCACUUCAACCGCUUCUUCAAGGAGGCGGAGGUGUGUAGGCCGGAACCAAAGGAUCUUGGUUUGACUACUUUGUCUAGUUCAGAAAGAAUGGAGUUAGAUAAUCCAUUUUUUGAGUUGGAAGUGAAGGAGGCCAUUUAG